UCAUAUUGCAAUCCGACGGGCAUAAUAGAAACCCUAAGUGGGUCGCCAGACGUUCCCGUCUAUAAAUUUGACGAGACGGCAAAUUCCGCAAGCACUUCGCUCGUCUCUAUUGUUGCGGCUCCUCCUCUCGAGAUCUUUAUUCGAAAUUAUGGGCAAGGAAAAGGUUCAUAUAAGCAUUGUGGUCAUUGGCCAUGUCGAUUCUGGUAAAUCGACCACCACUGGUCAUCUCAUUUACAAGCUUGGCGGCAUUGACAAGCGUGUAAUUGAGAGGUUUGAGAAAGAAGCAGCUGAGAUGAAUAAAAGAUCUUUCAAAUAUGCUUGGGUUCUUGACAAGCUUAAGGCUGAGCGUGAGCGUGGUAUCACCAUUGAUAUUGCUCUUUGGAAGUUCGAGACCACAAAGUACUACUGCACUGUCAUUGAUGCACCUGGGCACCGUGACUUUAUCAAGAACAUGAUCACUGGAACCUCUCAGGCUGAUUGUGCAGUUCUCAUUAUUGAUUCAACCACUGGUGGUUUUGAGGCAGGUAUUUCAAAGGAUGGCCAAACACGAGAACAUGCUCUCCUUGCUUUCACUCUUGGUGUUAAACAGAUGAUUUGCUGCUGCAACAAGAUGGAUGCCACUACCCCAAAGUACUCCAAGGCUCGAUAUGAUGAAAUCGUUAAGGAGGUCUCUUCUUACCUCAAGAAAGUUGGUUAUAAUCCUGACAAGAUCCCAUUCGUUCCCAUUUCUGGUUUCGAAGGUGAUAACAUGAUUGAGCGGUCGACCAACUUGGACUGGUACAAGGGUCCAACCCUUCUCGAGGCCCUUGACUUGGUUAAUGAGCCAAAGAGGCCUACGGACAAACCCCUUCGCCUUCCACUACAGGAUGUCUACAAGAUCGGAGGCAUUGGGACUGUCCCAGUAGGCCGUGUGGAGACUGGUGUCCUCAAGCCUGGUAUGGUUGUCACUUUCGGUCCAACCGGUCUCACCACUGAAGUCAAGUCUGUGGAAAUGCACCAUGAGGCUCUACAAGAGGCUCUUCCUGGCGACAAUGUUGGGUUCAAUGUUAAGAACGUUGCAGUCAAGGAUCUCAAGCGAGGCUUUGUUGCUUCCAACUCCAAGGAUGAUCCUGCAAAGGAGGCAGCUAAUUUUACAUCUCAGGUCAUCAUCAUGAACCACCCUGGCCAGAUUGGCAAUGGAUAUGCCCCCGUCCUCGAUUGCCACACCUCCCAUAUAGCUGUCAAGUUUGCUGAAAUUCUUACCAAGAUUGACAGACGCUCCGGCAAGGAACUCGAGAAGGAGCCCAAGUUCCUCAAGAACGGUGAUGCUGGAUUCGUCAAGAUGAUUCCCACCAAGCAAAUGGUAGUUGAGACCUUCUCUGAGUACCCGCCUCUCGGUCGUUUUGCCGUGAGGGACAUGAGACAGACUGUGGCUGUCGGUGUCAUCAAGAGUGUCGAGAAGAAGGAUCCAACCGGUGCCAAGGUCACAAAGGCAGCUGCCAAGAAGAAAUGAGCUGCUUCAUUGAGCCAUCCUUCACUAUAUUCUUAGUCGCUUUUCUCGUCUGGUGGUAAGUGUUGAUCGAGCAUUUGCAUGGCAUUCUGAAGGGAUUGAACUUAAUUUAUAUUUUGUUGUCUACAAGAUUUUGAAGCACCAUUAUUAUUACUUUUCAUGAGUCAAUGCAUUUAUGGAUUAUGUGUUUA